UUUACAGUGACUUUUAAACUUGAUUCCGUUAAACCGAUUGAGUUAAUAACCGAUUUGCUUAAAAAUUCGUCAAGUCACUCAAAAAUUUAUUUUUAUACAUAAAUUUCAAUCAAAUCUGGUUAAAAAUAGUGCGAAAAAUGUCACAAGCUAUUGUAGCAACAUAUUUGAGUGAGCAAAAGCGUACAAGCGAUAAGGAACUGGCUGAAGAAUGGGGAAAAUUAGAAGAAUUGUACAAUGAAAAACUUUAUAAUGAAUUAACAUUGAAGCUGGAUUCUUUUGUUACGAAUCCAAAAAUGCAAAAUGAGCCAGCAUUGAUCCAGUUAUACACAAACUUUAUUCAAUCGUUUGAGACUAAAAUCAAUCCUUUCUAUCUUGUUGAGAUUUUAGCUGUUGUUAUUGGACAUAUGAGUGAUAAAAAGGAAGCAGUUGCGUUCAUUGAAAAGAUAAAGGAAAAAGUCAAAAUGUGUGACGAGGCACAUAAUUUCUGUCAAGUGCUUCAAGGGCAAAUUUACUUAGAAUUUCUUAAUGAUCUUGAUGCAACAAAGAAAAUUAUUGAGGAUUUGAGAGAUACAUUAGAUGAGGCUGUAAAUGUUACACCUGUUCAUGGAAAAUACUACCUUCUAGCAUCACAAUAUUAUCGUCUGAUUGGACAACAUGCUGAUUAUUAUAGAUCUUCGUUGCAAUUUUUAGGAUGUUCCAUCGAUAGCUUUCCAAAAGAUCAAUGGGCUCAGCAGGCUUUCUUUUUGGGAUUAGCAGCAUUGCUCGGUGAAGGUAUCUACAAUAUUGGUGAGUUACUGUCACAUCAAAUUAUUGAUUCACUCACUGGAACUGAAUACGAAUGGCUAAUUGAACUGUUGAAAGCUUUCAACAGUGGUGAUAUUGCGAAAUUUGAACAAAUGAAACCACAAUGGUCUCAAAUGGCUGAUUUAGCAGCCCAAGAAACUAAACUGAGACAAAAAAUUUCACUUUUGUGUCUAAUGGAAAUGACAUUCAAACGUCCAGCUAAUAAUCGUACCAUAACAUUCAUGGAAAUCGCUAAUGAAACUCGAUUGCCUGUUAAGGAAGUUGAACAUCUUAUCAUGAAAGCAUUAGCUCAAGGACUUGUCCGAGGUGCAAUCGAUCAAGUUUCAGGAGCUGUUAAUAUGACCUGGGUUGCUCCUCGUGUUCUCGAUAGAAAACAAAUAUCUGGAAUGGCAAACACCCUCGAAGUUUGGAUUCAAUCAAUAACGACAAUGGAAAAACUGAUCGAAUCCAAAGCAUCAGAAAUACUUACCAAUUAAAAAUUUGAUACUUGAUCACGUUUAAAAUUAAAAAGAAUAAAGCAAAAUCUUCAUUAUUCAUAG